UGUUUGUACUCAGCCUGCAGAUUAAACCACCACCGGCCCUCAACUCUGCUUGCACUGCACCCAAAAUAUAAUGGUCGCCACAUGUGAAGAUCAUUCAUCUUUGGACAAAACGGAGGGGCGGCACAUAAUGUACGUAGAAGAGCAAGGCUCCACGUGGAUGGCCAAAUAAACAAAGAGUCCCUCCUCUGAACAAAAGCCAUACUCACCACCUUCCUCACUCUCUAAUUAAGUACUUUCCCAGUGCCUCAGACCAAGUAGGCAGCAGAACACCAUAGCCAGAUACCUUCCAGCCUCUGCCUCUUGUACAUCGUCCUGCUCAAUUUCUCCUUGAGAUCAAAUUAAAGCCAGCCAUGGUCAAGAAGCUUGGCCUCGCAUCUCUUAUCUUCAGCAGCAGCAUCAAGCAGGUGGACAGUGCUGCCCCUACAAGCGCCGCACCUUCCUCCAUGGCCUCGUCUUCUUCCAUGUCUGCCUCCUCCUGGCAAUGGCCGUCCUGCAAGCAGCCAAGGACCCUCUCCUUCAGGCAGCAUCAGCAGCAGCAGACGGCGUACAAGACUAUGAACUCCGCCUACUUGCCAGACUCUGGCGCCGACUCCUGCUUCUCCAACUCUUUCGCCUCCGUCGACGGCAGCCUCUCCACAGCGUCCGAGGCUGUCUCGGGGCUCGUGGAGGCCAACGAGCGUGAUACGGUCAUCCGUGCGCUGCGUUCCGACCGCCUCUUCUUUGAGCCGCACACAUCGCUGGACACCUCCUCCAUACUCAAGAAGGCCAAGCUGAAGGUGAAGGACGACAAGGGCACCAGCUGCUCUGGCACCAGCAGCACAGACAAGAAGAUGGCGGCGUUCGAGGGAGCCACGGCUAUGACCAUGGACUCAUCGACCCCGUACAGCGACUUCCGGGCGUCCAUGGAAGAGAUGGUGAUGAGCCAUGGCGCGAAGGACUGGCGGUGGCUGGAGGAGAUGCUGCGGUGGUACCUCAGGGCCAACGGCAAGAGCACCCACGGCCUCAUCAUCGGGGCCUUUGUCGACCUGCUCGUCGCGCUCAGCGACACCAACUUGCCGUCCUCUCCAACCUCAGCCAGUACCAACCGCUCCUUCUUGAGCGGCACCGAUGAGAUCAAGGAAGAAGAAAGCUGCACACAGAGCAGUUAAUGGAGGUGCAAGAUUGGACAGGAUGGAUGAGGUCGUAAUUAGUUUGAGCAAAUUGCUGCUACGAAUAAUUGCAUCAAGAGCUGUUAAUUCCCAGCCGGAUGCAGGGCUGAUCAAGCGAGAGGUUGGUAUUGAAUUUAUCUCUUUUAUUACUACUCCCGAAGGCUAAUGUGAGACAGUUCACUCCUCGUGCGUGCAUGCGCUACCUAACUGUUUGUUUGCUAGUAGUGUCCAUUUUUCCGGUUAGAUUUGUCCACAGUCGGGAUUCUGUAAUUUAUAUUUUUCACAUAAAAACAAAUGAAAAUGUAAAAAAAUAUGUAGAUAUACAUAUAAGGUCUGUGAGUAGCUUGAACCUGUUGUCUGUACUAUGAAAUGCAAGAAUGUCAGAGGAAUUCGGUACUAUGUUUUCCGGGUUUCGCCGUGGUGAAGGAAUUAAAAUUCUUACAAGUUUGGUUUUUUUGUGUAAGCACUAAGCAGUCGUUGGCCCUAUAUAUGUAUAGUUCGAGUCAAAGAUCUUUUUGGAUCCGUGUAAUGUGUAGUGCACAUCAUAGAUACAUGGGUGGUGAUAUGACAGAUGCAGUUAGUUUCACAUCAAGAAUCUUAUCUUGAUCUCA